CGAGGCGCGUUGACAGUCACAUUUGUUUUGCGCGAACGAAGAAGCAGGUGCCAGGUGCCCCAAAACUUGCACGUCGCACAUAUGCGCGAGGCAACGUUGUCGCGGCCGCGUGCAUAUCACGCCGUAUCAUUCGUGCGUUCGUCUUGCUUCGUGUGCUCAUCCGAGAGAGCGAGCCGAGUUCGCAACCGCGUGCGAAGAGGUUAGUGCUCGCGUUCGCGACGGUCGGACGGACGGUGUCAAGUUCGUGUCGGUAAACGCGAGAAUCUCUCGCGGCAAGCGCGUUCGAGGAUUGAGGAACGCGACAGGAUUUCGAAUCUUCGUGGGAAGCAAUAGAGGACGAAAUAAUUAAAUUAAGAGGACAAAGUGCCGGGUAAGAGAGCGGUUUUUUCGUGGUCCAACGAAGCCAAUUGUUGAAACUCCUGAUUGAACUCGCGGCUCGCGGCAUUUUGGCGGGAUAGUGCGCAUUAUUGGGAAGGAUGGGCCCUCCAAGCAGCGCACUUGUACUCCACUCAUCGAUCGACAAAGAUCCAUCGACGUCGCCGCAGGGAUGCUCUGGCAUUUCGAUCUCAACAGAUUGGAUAUUGACUCACGGCGCCGCAUUGGGCCCGAUCAUCGACAAGUCCCCCGCGAUAUCGAGCUUCGUCAUGAAUAUGGUACCGGGAGAACUCACGACAGUGCCGAAAGAACUCACGAGCGAAUUGAAAUUUCGGAUCUAUCGCGAUCUAGGGACCGACGAUCUCCGAUCGAGCUCAAUUAAGGAACAUCACGGCGAGAUUGUAGCUGCCUGGAGGUGUUCGCUGCUGAAGAAAACCUUCGACGAGUUCUUCAAAACGUGGAACUUUCCUAAAUCAUCCGAGUUUGAUCGAUCGCUGCGGUCGGUUUUCUUGCUCAUCCGCAUCUACGAUCCCGAGCCAAUCGUGGAAACGUCGGUCGAACAAGCCUUGUCUUGUCUGCUGGACCAAGCUCCGCGAAAUCUUAUCCGCGGAUCGUCCGUGGAAAUCGAGUCGACGCCCUUCGGCAAUCCCGUAUUCAUUGGUUCGAUCGCGCGCGGUGUUAUCAGUAAUGUCGUCGGCGACGGAGGCUGCGUUAUCAUGACGGACGCGUACGCAUUCCCCGGCGGCGAGGGUGGUCCCGUAUAUGUCAUCCCGUCAAAUGGGUAUAGCAAACGCAGAGUUAUCAGCGGGAUGGUGAUCGCACCGUUGAGCUGGUGUCGCGGAGAAUGGGUGGACUACACUUUCGCCGCCAAUCUUGCGCCGUGUGUGCUCAACAUUUUACGGAAGAGGAAUUCUCCUUGUUCUCCGAUCAUAGAUCGCGAGUAUUAUGAAGAUACAGAUGUGGUGUUAGAUAAAGGCGUCGUGCUUGUUAGAUGUGGAAUUAAUUGGGGUACAGGCAUCCUCGUGCAUAAGAAUACUGGUACAUUCCUCACGUGCUCACACGUCGUCGCGGAGGCGCCAGAAAGGGAGAUAUCGAUCGUAAUGAGGCCGGACAAGCCCAAUUUACGUGUCCAGGCAAGACUGGUGUACAGAACACCGGAGAAUCAACCCUAUGACGUCGCUGUAUUGAGGGUGAACCCGCAACACAUGGAUCCCUCGGUGAGAUCUAUACGGUUGUCCCAUGCUCCAAUUUUAAAGGGUGAACCGGUGGUCUCCGUGGGAUUUCCGUUCUCCUCGUCCAUUCGGCCGACCGUCAGCGGUGGCGUGGUCUCCAAGUCGAUGAACUGCGCACUCCUGACGACCUGUUGUGCCCAGAGCGGUACCAGCGGCGGACCGAUCGUCAGUCGAGCGACCGGUGACAUGCUGGGAAUGGUUGUGUGCAACGUGCUCUCCUCGGACGGCACCGUGCUCUACCCGCGGAUGAGCUUGGCGGUGCCGGCCGCCACGCUGAGCGGGCCCCUGCGGGAAUACUUGCGCACUGAUAAUCCCGAUGUGCUCCGAGAUUUCACGUGCAACGACGCGGUAGUGCACAAGAUUUGGAACUUCCACCCUUUCCUGCCAGCUAAACUGUGAAAAGAAGGACGCGAGAUAAACCUCUACAGCAUAAUCCAAGCUCUAGGUCUGACCAAUUAAUGGAAGACUCUUUGCUAUUCAAUACGCGGUUUUUGUAUUGCGAUUCUGUACAUCGCGGAUAAACAUAUCGGACUGUUUGUAUUGCGGAACGUUUGUCUCUGAGUCACGCUGGACCUGCCGAUUUCAGGCUUGAGCAUAAUCUCGCGUCGAAUCUCGUUGAAUAACGUACGCCAUUGACCGAGUUUAAUGCAAAGAGAAAGUUUUUCGUGACGUCAAAUGCGGCGAUCAGCGCGCAAAGCGACACGAGUCAACGAUCCCUCGGGUACACGUUGAAGACUUUUGCAUGAAUAAUAUUCACAUCGUCGCAUCUAGAAUCUUCGAACGAUGCUCGAUGCUGGUGUACCUUGCGAGAGCUGCGUUUAUAUUAAAAAGAAGAAGACACGUGAUUCCAACAACAUUCCUUUUCAGAUUUGCAUACAUCAUGAAGCUAUUUGUAAAACACUAUUACGCGAAUUUUAUUUUUACACUCGUUUUAUCAUCUAACAAAAGCUCGUACAAUGGAGAUUUAUAUUUCUCUGUUGAGGAUAAUUUGUAUUAGUUAAUUAUAUAAUUAAUUUGCUUUAGUACUAGCUAAUUAUAUUUAAUCAUUAUCUAAUUUAUAUUAGCCAUCAUGAUAAAUCGAGGGGCCGGAUAAGAUUUUCAGGAAAUUAAAUUGAAUUGUCAUUCA